CUCCCAUGAUGGGUCCGAACAAUGGCAAAUAUGCUACCCUAAGUAAACAGUGCAAAACACUCGAAUCGAACGAUUUCUACUGAGAAUCGCCUGCCUGCAAUAUGUCUGCAGGCAGCAAUAAGCUAGAUAAGAAACUGACAGCAUCUACCGCAACAUUAUCCGACAAAGAUCCGCGUGACAUCUCCAACAAUGGGUUCAAUCGCUUCGACCCGAAAUAUGUCAGCAUCGGACCGAAAGCCAUCCGCAACACGGUCAACAACGUAACGGCGAACGUAAACAAGUGUGCUACGCUGCGUCACGGUGGGCGGUACGGUGGUUCGCUGAGCGUUAGCGCGGGUAUAGGUGGUGGCGGAAGCCAUCAUGGUUCGGCCGGUCUGGGUGGUGCUCGCUCGGGCACAAGCCCAAGCCCGAAUCUCAAAAACGUUCAGCAACCAAUGCUGAGCCACAGCCAAACGCAGCAAUACAAGCAGCACCAUCCGGAACACCAACUGUCGGCUUCCGGGACUGGGUCGGCAAACGCUGCCGGCGGUGGUGCAUCGGACCGCACCGAGCAGAAGCUUGCAAUUUCAACCGUAUCGAAAGAGUAUAGCCAGCAAUCGGCCUCUUACUCGUGUGCCACACUGCCGUACAAGAAGCCGGGCAGCGGGUAUACUGAAACGUCCAUUGCACCCUCACCAGUAACCACGUCAAUAUUGAAGAAGGAAAGCAAUCUCGAUAGCCAGCAUAACCAGCGAUACGCCCCAACGGUGUACAGUAUCGAUACUUCCGCCUAUCACCAUCAGAGGGAAGGCAGUGGUGGUGGCGGUGGCGGUGGGUUCCAUCAUCAUUCAUCCCAACCCUCACACCACCAGCAGUCGCUGGCGCAAGCUCAGCAGCAGUCUCAGCAACAGUAUCUACAGCAGCAACUGCAACAGCAACUGCAACAGCAGCAGCAACAACAACAACAGCAGCAACAGCAGCAACAGCAGCAGCAACUGCAACAACAACAACAGCAACAAACACACCACAGAUCGCUGUCCAGCACGAAUCAGUUGUAUCAGGAGACAGGCGCGGGUUCUGCAUUCGCCAGCCCACCGCCAUCGAUUGCGUCCACAGCGACGACCCGCUCGAAUGUGUCCAUCAUUAACCAACCACUGCCAGACAUUCCGACCAGUGCUGGUGGUGGUGGUGGCGGUGGUGGUGGUGGCGGUGGUGGAAGUAGCUCAAUCAAAAACAGCCAACAACCGCUUUGCGCCGCCACGCUGAACCAGUACCGUUCGCUGCAGCGACCGCACAAGCAGCAAACCGGCGGCAGCGGGCUCUCCACGCUAGCAACCCCGACGGGAAAACCGACCGUUCCACCCAAGGUGACCCCACCGAUGCUGCCACCGAAGAACCGGCACAAAGACGACGCACAGUACCAAACGAAGGCCGCAGCAAUGGCGUCCGGUUCGGGCGGGUCCGCAAUGACGCCGCCACUGCCAUCCUCCCGGCCACAGCAACCGUUACCUCAACCACCUCCACCGCCGCCAGCGCAAUCGCUUCACCAUCACCACCACAGCCAGCCGGGAGGGCAGCAAAGCAAGGCACAGUCCUACGGCGGCGGCAUGAGCAUCUCGAGCAAUUUCAACGCCAUCCAGCAGCAGCUGCAGAACCAGCUCCACUUCAAGCAGUACCAUCAGCUCACGCAGCAACCGUGGCAGCGCGAACAGCUGCCCCAGAAUGUAGCGAACAGCAGUAGCACGUUUGGCAAUUACGAGCGCCAACAGGCCGGGCACGGGACAAGCAGUCGCAACCGGUCGUACUCCGGGGGCAGCAGUAGCACCGAUCAGGCACCGCACUCCUCCUCCAAAUCGAGCAAUAUCGAGAAGGCCAAAAACCAUCAUCACUCGUCAUCCGGUUCGGCCCAGCCGGCACCCACCGGUGGAGGUUCGAUGGUGGCGAACUAUCAGACGCUUCCGAAAAAUCACCAUCAUCACCAUUAUCCACAACAGCAGCAGCAACAGCAUCAACAACAGCAACAACAACAGCAACAACAACAACAGCAACAACAUCAACAACAACAGUACCUACAGCAGGGUCAAUCAAAUUCGUUCGGUUCCACUAACAGUGGUGGUCAACAUCAGCCGCAACCGAAGAGCAUCCUCAGCAAAACACGUCCCAACGAAACGCGCGAACGGGAGCAGCGCGAGCGGGAACGCGAACAGCGGGAAAGGGAUCGGGAACGGGAUCGUGAUCACCACCGUGAACGGGACCGGGAUCGUGAUCGAGAUCGUGAUCGGGAUCGUGAUCGGGAUCGUGAUCGAGACCGCGACCGGGACCGUGAUCGUGAUCGUGACCGUGAUCGGGACCGCGACCGGGACCGCGACCGGGACCGUGAUCGUGACCGUGAUCGGGACCGUGAUCGGGAUAGGGAACGCAACCGUGAUCGCGAACAUCGAGAACGAGACCGUGAACGUGGGGAUCGGGACAGAGAGCAUCGCAACCGGGAGCGUGAGCGGGAAAAGGAUCCGGACCGGCACGGUGAGCAUGCCGAACGUAGCCACCAUCAUCGAACCAGCCACGAGUAUCAUCAGGACCCUAGCCACGGAACGCAGGCCAACAACAAAAACCCGAACGUUUACUACCGUUCCCUGCAGCGCGGCGGUCUGCAAGCCAAUAACGAUCUCUACUCUGUAACAGAAUUGUGAGAAAGGUUUGACUUUUAAGUUUGUUCUUAUGCUGCUUAAGUUCAACUUGUUCAUCUCCAUCCGACUACCACCACCACCACUACUACUACUAUUACUACUACUACUACUUCUACUACUACUACGAACAUAUGCUCUCGAUCGAUCCUUGGCGAUCAACUUUAAACGUGGGUUAUCGCGUUCGGUACGCCCUCUAGAGAGCAGGUUUCUCAUUGCGGCGUGUCGAUAUAGAUGCCCCCGUUUGGUAUCACCCGGAAACCUUUUCUAUGUCCAGCCUAGGAUGUUUUGUCGAAUCCAUUUACCCUUUCACUCGCGUUCUUAUAAAUUAUACCAAAAUUUCCGAAUUGAUAUAUAUAUGUCGAACAAAAAUCAAUGCUCAUACGUAACGCGACGUAGCUCGGGACAGCACUAGCACUUUCUCUGCGGCACCGAGAAAGCAGUCCUACCAGCAAUAGAAUAGUGAGAUAAGCAAAACACAAAGCAAAAUAAACGAAAAGAAAUUCAAUGCAAAUUUUAAUACACAACCUCGAUAGGAACAAACAUCGUGACAACAUAUAUAGUAAGCAACCCUAUAAUAGUAACGUGUUGCCUACGUUGCGACAUGUUCUCUGUUGUCUGGGUAAAAAGGCAUUUGUGGCCAAAACCAAGCAAACGAUUACAUGAAAUGCGAAAAGGAAAAAAGAAACUGUGCUGUUAUGAUGAUGCACCGGGCGGCAUUAGCGGGGAGAAGCGUAACAAAAAAAAAUUCUAACGAACCAAAAAAAAAAGAAAGAAUGAAAGAAUUCAACUCUCAAUUUUUACACCAGCUAUUGUUGUCAUGGGCAAUGUGUCACGCCACUCUUCUGUACAUAGAAAGCAAACAAAGGGAAAGGAGAAAAGCGGAAAAAAGACUCAAGCGGAGUGCGGAUACAUUUUACUGUUAAUGUUAUGAAUUACUGUCUUGUAAGACUAACGUAGUGCAACCAGAAAUUAAAGCAAAUCAUAUAAAUAGGAAAGAUCUCUUUACUCUAUCAAACACAAUAGAAACUUCAAAUUAAACUCGCCAAACAUAAGCAAACAAAUGAGACAAAACGGAGGGAGAAAGAGAAACGGUUUGCACAGUUAGGAAAGAACACACCCGAUAAUAGCUUUGUGAAGAACCAUUUCGAUCGAGCCACAUUUCUCCAAUGGAGCAAACACCGGUGGCGUAAAAAUAAUUUUUCUAACGAAUCAAACAAAUUUGCCAACAAGCGCAAGGCACACAAUUGCUCCGCACUUGGUGAGACAGUUUCAAGUCUUGGGAGUAAACUAUUGGAAACAAAAACAGCAAAUUCGAACCAUGAAAUGUUUUAACGAAUACCAGCAAUAUGGAAACAUAUUAAGGCGCAAAGUAGGAGACAUUAGGUAUGGGCAACCAUGAGUCCCCAUCAAUGGGUAUUCAUGGGACAAAAACGAAACGAACAUUGCACGUAAAAUAUUCUAAGCGAUCGAGCGGUCACCUUUACAAGUUGGCAAGUUAAGCAAUUACAAACACACAAAAACCUAUUUCUCGAUUUUUUGGUAGAAAAAUUCCUUUUUUUUUUUCGUUUUCGUCAAAGCAAAGCAUAAAUCUGUUGCUCAUAACUUCAUGUGUAUUUUAACCGUUUUUUCUUCUUUUUUCAUUCAUUUGUUUCAUUUAGCAUUUAGCUUCACUCCACUACCAAUUCAUUAUAUUUACCCUACUUGCGUCAGUUUUCUUAUCUAGCUUAUUUGUUGCCUUUCAAGCAUUUAGUUUGUUGUCUUAAGUUUAGCCUUUAAUCUUAUAUUGUUCCAAAUAAUACGUAGUCUGAGCCGUGGGUGCGUGUGUAUGCGCCUACACUAUGAUGCAAAAUACGCAAGGGUAAUGUUAGAAAGUUAGAAAUAAUGAAAACAAACAGAAAUUUUUAUACCAAAUCACGUUAAGAAAAAUGAGGGAAAAUUAUAUAGAUCUUAAAAAAUAAAAAUAAAUUAAGCGUAUCAAGCGCAUUCUCAUAAGCAUGUAUCAAUUCCACGAUAGAUGAGAGACUACUAGAGACCGCUAGCGCGGGAUUAGGGAUUAUUAGGUAACCGGUACACCCAACACAGCAUAUACACGAUCACAUUCACACAUACACCUAUUCAACCACACACUCCCAAGAAACAGGCAUAAACGCUACGAGCGCCUCUUGCACACCGGACAAGGUAGAAGGCAGGUAAUUAAAUACGAUGAUGCAUUAAUUAAUUCUCGAAACAAAUCAAAUUCUAAUCAUAGUUGAUGAUAAAAAAAAAUGAAAGACAAAAAACCAACCCAGAAACACAAGAAAUCUCGUUGCAAAAGCAUUACAUUCAAAAAGCGAUAGGCGCAUGUGUAUCGUGUAACAUUAAUAUUAAGCAUUAUUGAAAAAGCAUUACAACAAGCAUUAAAAACGUUACAACCGGAUAUAGACGAACAAGUUGAAGUGGAGUGACCGAAGCACAGCAAAUAAGGGAGAAGUGAGCGAGGAGAGUUAAUGAAGAAGAAAUGAUCGUUUGCACGUAAGCAAAGUAGUUUAGCUCUGUUAGUCAGUGACACAAGACACAACUGCCAUUUUUUCAAAUGGCCCAAUCCGUAAAAAGUCAUGGAAAAUAGGAACAGUAAUGGUCAUCCGAAGGUGAUGCUCCUUAGGUAUAUAGAAGGCUGUCGAAAGAGCAGGAGUUCUUCACAGCGAGGGAGGAAACCAUUCAGCUGGAAUACGCAUAAAACAAACGAAUCACGAAUGAGCUGUGGUCGAUGGAAUGGAACCGUGAAGCGCUGAAGCAGUUAGUGAGAGCAAACGCAAAAAACAAAACAAGCAAUGUUUCGAGAGAUAGUGCUGACGCUCAAUACGAAAUGGCGCAAAGCAGUUACACGAUGAUCGUGCCCAUACAACACAAUAGGUGGACGGUAUAGAAAACACUGCGUCGGCGAACAACUGAUGAUAACGCAAUGGUGAAGAAGACCGUAGGUAUUUGCAAGCAUUUUCAAGGGUCAAUUUACUACUGUAUAAGGGCGGCAGGGUAUGAAAUGUAAAAAAGCUAUUGAAAUCCUUAGUAGUUAAGUAAGAGGAGCUACAAUCAGCCAAAAGACAAACGAACGAACGAACGAACGAACGAGCGAUCGAGCAAGCGAGCGUAGUUGCGGAAGCUUUGGGUUUUAAUUGUUGGACAGCUCCCUUGUGGUUGGUUUUAUGUUUUUGCCACUUUGCUCUCUCAUCAGCAACCACACAACACUGUUUCGCGCGGCCCUUGCCGGCGUUGGUGCACCCUCAGGCGUGGCGUAGUAAUGUUACAGUAUUUUAAAUUGACUUCUAAACGCGGGCAGAAGUGAUACACUGCAUGUGGCCCGUGGCAAAUGACAAUGAUUUUACAACAGCUUCAGUUGAUUCAAGAUCGGCUUUUAAGACGAGAGGAUUGGCGCAAGACCGAAAACUCACCGUACCCGUAGUCUCAUCUCAUGAUGUAUGUGUAUGUGUGUGUGUAUGUAUUUUCUUUUUUUUUUAAGUUCCGCCUAGUAGACUGAAACUAAGAGUUAACGAUGCGAAAUGGGAAAGCAUGAUAGAGGGACUGGGGAGUGAACAUCCAGUGAAUGGGAUGGUGGGAACCACAAUGAUGAGUGUAAUUGAUGGAAUACGGCAGUGUUGUAAGCAAAGCAGUGAGGUUGGGGGUGGAGGGGGGAGGUUGUACUGUUGGGUUUUAAAAGCUAAAAUUUAACCAAUCCAUAGAUAAACCAAGUUUCCAAGUUUAUGCACCGCACUGGCAGCAACUUCCGUGAAUCUGUAAAAAAAGACAUGAAAAACCACACACCAACUGAGCUUUUCGAUAUCAGGCAACAAUUAAAUAUACAGGAAGCAAGCACACACACACACACGCCAUGUAUUAAUUUAGCAUCCGGUGGCAUUGUCUCACUCCUUUCGCGAGGGAAGGAUAAUAGAGUUUUUUUCCGUUACAACUGUCCUUUGAUUUAAAACCAUUGUAAUAAACCAGCAAAUAGUUUUCUGGUUUUGAAGCAAAUGAAAAAAAAACAAACACAAUAUUAAUUGGCUCAAAAGAGAGAAAAAAACUAUAGGCGAGCGACUCAGGCGCAUUAAGGUUAUGAAAAGAAAAAGGUAGAAAAAACGUAUAAAAAAUGUAACAAAACAAACAAAAAGAAGAAGAAGAAGAGAAUUAGCAAUUCCAGCCGCGGAAGCACUUGGUAAACUGUUUGAAGAACAUGUAGAUUAUGUCAAAACUUUUAGGACUUAUUAUAGUACAGUAAGCGUAAGAGAGAAGCAAGUAAAAGAGACGCAAACCUUGUUAAGCCAAGAGCAGCGCAAGUUUCGUUGUGCAGAUGGCAGUUGGAGGAGCAGGGCCAGAACGGAUGAUGUCCUUCGGCGGUAUCUGGAUAGCCUGGGGUCCCGGUUUUACACUGAGCAUAGACAUGGAAGGAGGAGCGAUUGAAGAGAGAGAGUGUGUGUAUGUGUGUGUGUGGGUGCGCGUUUGGUCGUUACAGUAGACCGAUUGUUUAUGCUGUGUGAUGUUGCUAGUUUAUGAAGGGUGCCAUCUUGAAUAGACAUGAACACAAAUAAUCGUAAUUUUAGGACACGCAGAAUGCGAAAGCACGUGCGCAAGUUUCACGACAGAAACGAGCAGGCGCACUAGUAUAGCAGCACUCGGGGUUCCGUUAAGUUUAAAUUUUAAGUGCUCGUUGUAAUUCGAUUUUUGGUUUGUAUUUUAGUAGUUAGUUUGUGUAUAGCUUUUAAGCUGAUUCAGUUUUAUGUUGCAACCGAUUUUUGUCGUGAUGAAGAAGAUGAACCAAGCGUUCGAACGGGGAGCGGACCGGAUUUCAAUUCAGCUGCAGCAUUGUGUGUUUUCCUUUUGUAUGUGCGCAUGUAAACCAGAGCCCCAGGCCGGUGCACGUGCCGGGUUCGGGGGUUUAUUUUUGCAUUAGUCAUUAGUAAAGGAAGCGAUAUUUAUUUCCUGUACAACUUCACUUGUCCGUGCAACACAUUGCCGUAUCGAUUAGUGUUUCAUAUUUAGUCAGUUUUACUUCCGCAAUGAAAUACACAAAACCACACAGAUACAAGAUUGUGAAAAGGAUUAAUAAACAAAUCAAAAUAAUUGAA